AUGGGUCCCAAGAAAGAGAAGAGCAGUUUGAAGAGGAAUCGCCAUAGCACUGGCGAGGACCAGGAGAUUAAGAAACCGCGGAGGUCCCAGAGGAUUUCCUCGCAGUCUCAAAAGGAUCCUCUGCACACGCCGCUCAAGAACCAAUAUCUACCUUCUCCUCUGACGAACCAUGAGUCGACCGCUACUGAAACAUUCAAAGAACACACGGCCACCCCUCCAGAAGGUCGCCCCAGCCAGAUUCGCCAUGUCACGCCUGUAGCCUCGCCGCCACUUCUCCCACAAUCCUCACCGCCUCAAGACACCCAGCCUCUAUCCCAAUUCGUCUACCCUCCCCGAGACAUCGAGCCUGACUUGAACGAUGAGGAGGGGACAUGGGGUUACCUAUUCCCAAUGACCGAGAACGGUCAUAGACUGCAGCUGAAACGACGAGCAUUUUGUCCCGCUCCGGCUAAGCCGCUCGAGGUCUCGAGGCAUACCGUGAAGAGUAAAAAGCGGGGGAAGAAGGAAUUGGCUGAAGCUGAGAUUGAGUAUGAACAUGAAAAAAUGGGCAAAGGGUUUCCAGCGAGCGGAUACCUGAUCGGGCGACAUCCGGAAUGUGACAUGAUCCUUGACAUUCCAACCGUGUCGAACCGCCAUUGCCUGAUCUUCAAAGAAAACAGAAACGGCGAUGCGGUCGCUAUUCUCGAGGACUUGUCCAGCAACGGCACCUUUGUCAACGAGGCAAUCCUGGGCCGGAACAAGCGAAGGCAGCUGGAAGAUGGGGACGAGAUUACCAUCUUGGAUGAGGCCCGCUUUGUCUUUCGCUAUCCAAGAAGUCGAGACUCGAGUGCGUUCAACUCACGUUACCGGAUUCUCCAACAGUUGGGAAAGGGCCAUUUUGCCACUGUGUACCUCUGUGUGGAAAGAUCAACGGGUUUUAAGUUCGCCGUCAAGAAGUUCGACCGUCGCAUGGGAGAGUCUCAGCGAUCACAGACAGAAGGGUUAGAACAAGAAAUCGCCGUGUUGAUGAGUGUCAGCCAUCCCAACGUCCUUUGCUUGAAGGAGACGUACGAUGAACCCGACGGAGUUUAUCUGGUCCUAGAGCUUGCCGCCGAAGGCGAAUUGUUCAACUUGAUUGUGACGAAACAGAAGUUGUCAGAGGCCGAGACCAGGAAAAUCUUCAUCCAGUUGUUUCAGGGGACUAAGUAUCUGCAUGAACGGAACAUUGUUCAUCGUGACAUCAAACCAGAGAACAUUUUACUGACCGACAAGAAUUUAUCGGUCAAGUUGGCAGAUUUCGGCCUGGCUAAGAUCAUUGGCGAGGAGUCCUUCACAACUACGUUAUGCGGUACACCCAGUUAUGUUGCACCCGAAAUUCUGGAGAACACACGCCAUCGAAGAUAUACCAAGGCAGUUGAUGUUUGGUCCCUAGGUGUCGUCCUGUACAUUUGUCUCUGCGGGUUCCCACCAUUUUCCGACGAGCUCUACUCACGAGAGAAUCCAUACACCCUCGCUCAACAGAUCAAAAUGGGCCGGUUUGACUAUCCGUCACCAUAUUGGGACUCGAUUGGCGACCCUGCACUCGACCUCAUCGACCGCAUGCUUACAGUCGACGUGGAGAAGCGAAUUACGAUCGAUCAAUGCCUAGAACAUCCCUGGACAAGGAACUUGGGCUACAUCAACCCUGCUGAUUCGCUCGACGGCCUCACGGGGCAAAUGAGUGCGUUUGACUUCUCCAAACGGAAAGUCCAAAGGGAACGCACUUUGUUAGCCAACAUUAAUGACGUCAAAGUGAGCAAAAUGGUCGACCUCAAUGGAGGCCAGCAGAUCCAAGGCCAGCCAACCCAUAUUCCUGGUUCACCGGCGCACGUCAAGGUGUGGGACAAGAACCCUAGUGGAAAGAACAUUAGGAUGAGCCCACCCAAGGACAACAAGGGAAAGAAGCAAAGUGGGGGCGGCGGAGCUGUCGACAAGAACGAAGAGGAUCACAAGGUGGAGGAACAUCCUGCGGCUAACAGACAGCAGGAGGAAUUCAUGCAAAUGGGCGGCAAAGGCGACAUGCGUUUGUUCGGGGAUGACGCUUCUUCCAGGUAUUUGCCGGAAGAGGUGCCCAAGGGCAAGAAAAAGUGA